AUGUCUACCGAACGUCGCUUGAAAGCCCUCAAAACCAGGCUUCGCAGUAUUCAAACAUCAUUUGGGCUAAUCAAGGCGUUUGUGGACGAAUAUAACGACGAGACGCAUUCGGAUGAGGUUCCUGUACGUCUGGAAAACCUUGGUGUUUUGUGGAAUGAUUUCCUGAAUGUUCAAGGAGAAAUCGAGGCCAUGGACAUUCUGGAGCCGAAAGCAAUUGAGGCUCACCUAGCACAACGAGUGGAAUUCGAGUCUCUGUAUUACAAAGUGAAAGGAUUUCUUCUUGCUGCCAAUAAACUACCACCUUCACCCAACAUGCCAAUCGGUUCCAGCUUCACGUCGCACUUUCCUUCUUCUUCACAUCAUAUACGGCUCCCAGACAUCAAAAUUCCAACGUUCAGUGGCACCAUAGACACGUGGCUCAACUUUCACGAUCUCUUCGUAUCGCUUGUGCACUCAUCGCAUGAACUUUCUAGCAUUCAGAAGUUCUAUUACUUGCGUGCUUCUCUCUCCGGCGAUGCCCAAAAGUUGAUUCAGACCAUUCCGAUCAGUUCCAACAACUACUUAGUUGCUUGGAAUUUACUCUUGGAUCACUUCCAAAAUCCAAGUCGUUUGAAGCAGUCGUAUGUCGAUUCUCUGUUUGAGUUCUCAGCAUUAAAAUCGGAAUCAGCUUCGGAUUUACAUUCUCUUGUGGAACGAUUUGAGGCCAACGUCAAAAUUCUACAUCAGCUAGGCGAACGGACUGAAUACUGGGACAUACUGCUUAUUCGAAUGCUUAGCAUUCGUUUAGACAGCACGACUAGACGGGACUGGGAAGUUUAUGCUACGACUAAAGACAGUGUUUCAUUCCAAGACCUCGUAGCAUUCAUUCAACGCAGGGUCACUACUAAUUUGCCAACAUCAUGCUUUGACGUCAGUGAUUGGAAAAUACCUUCCGACAUCAACCUAGCAGACCCCGCCUUCUUUGCAACCAAUCCUGUCGAACUCAUACUAGGAGCCGAAAUCUUCUUCGAGCUACUCAAACCUCCAGGACGAAUUUCUCUCGGCGAUAGUUACCCCCUGCUGAUCAACUCUACAUUAGGCUGGAUCGUAUCUGGAAGGACAAGCAACUGCCAUUCUACAGGUCCUGUAAUGGCAUCCGUAGCUUCGGUCGCUGAGCUUCAUCGGUUGAUGGAACGAUUUUGGUUAAUCGAAGAAGGUGACUCAACUCCGUGCCACUCAGUGGAAGAGGCUGCUUGCGAGAACCACUUCCAGAGCACGGUUUCUCGAACGGAUGAUGGCAGAUACAUGGUGCGGUUACCAAUGAAGCAGGACCUUUUCCCUAACCUAGGCAACAAUUGGAAUACGGCAAAUCGGCGUUUCAAGUACUUGGAAAGUAAACUAUCACGCAAUAAUGAUCAGCGAAUCCAGUAUGUCGAGUUCAUGCACGAAUAUUUGUUCUUGGGUCACAUGUGUGAAGUAAAUAGAGCUCACCAAGAAGACGCUCUCGAGUACUUCAUGCCUCAUCACGCAGUUAUACGCGAAUCCAGCACUACUACUAAAAUUCGCGUAGUCUUUGAUGCAUCCUGCAGGUCCGCAUCCGGUGCAUCACUGAACGAUAUCCUCAUGGUUGGCCCUGUAGUACAGGAGGACAUCCGAUCUAUUAUCAUGCGAGCUCGAAAACAUCAAAUUAUGCUUAUUGGCGACAUAAAGCAAAUGUAUCGACAAAUAUUAGUGGAUCCACGUGACACCCCGAUGCAGCGCAUUAUCUGGAGAAGCAAUUCAACAGCACCAUUGGCAACCUUCGAGCUCAAAACCGUCACUUACGGUACAGCGAGCGCCCCGUUUCUAGCAACUCGUGUGUUGCAGCAACUUGCCGACGACGAGCAAAAGGAUUUUCCCGAAGCAGCGACUAUCCUGAAACAAGACUUCUACGUAGACGAUUUAUUCUCCGGAGCUGAAACUGUUGAAAAAGUCAUAUCGCUACGCAAGCAACUUGAUGCAUUAUGUCAGCGAGGAGGAUUUGAACUCUGUAAGUAUGCAUCCAAUUCCGAAGCAGCCUUAGAGGGACUUUCAGAUGACAAACGAGCUCUACAACCAACUAUCGAAUUUGAUGGGAAUCCAAUCAUCAAAACUUUGGGUCUACAUUGGGAACCUACUUCCGAUGUUCUCAAAUACGUCAUCGAACUCGAACCAUUAUCAUCCGACAUGUGCCUUACUAAACGACACGCUUUGUCAUUGAUUGCGCGACUUUUUGACCCCCUUGGCUUAGUCGCACCGGUCGUGGUGACUGCUAAGAUCUACAUGCAAGUUUUAUGGACAUUUCGAGAUGAAGAUUCCAAAACCUGGCCUUGGGAUCGUCCUCUUCCGAAAGAUCUAAUCAUUCGUUGGAAUUCGUACUAUUCACAACUUCAUCAUCUUAAUAUGCUCAAGAUUGAACGUUGCAUUUUGGUCGCUAAUCCAACAUCCAUUCAGCUUCAUCUCUUCUCUGAUGCGUCAGAGUCAGCUUACGGCGAAUGUGCCUACCUACGAUCUGUCGACCCAUCCGGUUUUGUAAAAAUUGCAUUGAUUACGACCAAAUCGAAAGUAGCCCCCCUCCAAAAGAAAAGUAUCGCUCGCCUUGAACUUUGCGGCGCCUUAGCCGCCGCCCAACUUUAUCAAAAAGUCAUUUCCUCGCUGAAAACCAACCCAGAAACCUUUUUUUGGGUUGACUCGACAACCGUCUUGGCGUGGUUAAAUUCCACACCUUCUACGUGGAGCACGUUCGUCGCCAAUCGCGUGUCGAAAAUUCAAUUGGCUACCAUCAACAGUCACUGGAAUCACGUGUCUGGAAAGGAAAAUCCUGCUGACCAUCUUUCCCGUGGAACCACCGCCGAGUUUCUUCUGACUUGCUCAUCCUGGUGGAAUGGUCCUGAUUGGCUGAGGCUUGAACCUGAGUUUUGGCCUAGCAACAACCAUCAAAAACCUCUUACUGAAGUGGCAGAAGAGAAACGAAAAACUCUAUCACUGAUUGCCGCAGCCCAACGUGAAGAGACUUUCCUAGAUUCUUACGUGCAAAGAUUUUCCGACUAUAGAAAAAUGCUUCGAGUGACUGCCUAUUGCAUGAGAUUCAUCGAUAGGUUUUCAUUAAAAACUAGCUUCAAUCACCCAACAACCAAUCUCACAGUCGAGGAAAUCCGAAGAGCAGAAAGAAACCUCAUAAGAAUUCUACAAGAACAACAUUUUGAAGAAGAACUUAGAUGCCUACACGACGGAAAACAAGUGUCAUCAAAAUCAAAGCUUCGUUGGUUUCAUCCAAUUUUGGGAAUCGAUCAUCUACUUCGCAUCGGGGGACUUUUGAACAAAGCUCCACGAACCUACGACAGCAAGCAUCAAAUCAUUUUACCAUCCACCCACGCAUUCUCGACUCUGCUCAUUCGUUCUUUCCACCUCAACCAUCUGCACGCCGCUCCUCAACUUUUACUAAGCCUCCUACGUAUGAGAUAUUGGGUUUUGGGGGCCAGAAAUCGUGCCCGAUUGAUCGUACGUCAGUGCAUCAUCUGCUUUAAAGCUCGCCCUAAAUUAGUCGAGCAGUUUAUGGGUGAACUACCUGCUGCACGAAUAACAGCAACACGACCAUUCGCCGUCGCGGGCAUUGAUUAUUGGGGGCCCAUCUUUCUCAAACCAGUCCACCGGCGCGCUGCGUCUGAGAAAGCAUUUGUCGCUGUUUUCGUUUGCUUCUCAACGAAAGCAGUACAUAUUGAACUCGUUGCCGAUCUUAGUACUGCCAAGUUCAUUCAAGCGCUUCGGAGAUUUGUAUCGCGACGAGGAUUAUGCUCCGACAUGCACAGCGACAACGGUCGUAAUUUUCUGGGAGCCGACAACGAAUUACGCCAAUUGGUCAACAGUACUUCCCACCAACAAGCCGUCAAUCAAGAGUGCCUCGCUAACGGAAUAAGAUGGCACUUCAACCCACCAAAGGCUUCUCACUUCGGGGGACUGUGGGAAGCGGCUAUCUUUUCAGCCCAAAAGCAUUUUAUCCGUGUGAUUGGGAAUCAUACAUUGGCCUACGACGACAUGGUUACGCUUUUAUGUCAGAUCGAAUGCUGUUGA